CCGCGAUCUCCUCUCCUGUUUUUGGCUCGAAAAACCCUAGCUUUUGUCGGAUUGAGGGAGCUCGGUUUGGGAACCUCAGCGCCACCGCCGGUGCUGCAGCCAUGAAAGCCUUCGACAUAAGCAAUGGCGACACCCUCUCCGUCGCCCUUUUCACCGACGUCACCAAUUCCAAGGAACUUUUGGAUUCCAUGCAGGCUGGAACUUUGGAACCAGAGGUUGCUUUUCUUAAUGCUCUGCUGAUUCCCGAUAUCUUCCCUGUUCUAGCCGCUGCACAUAAGACUCUUCUAUCCAAUUCUCGAGGUUCACUGACUACCCGCACUCUCCAUUCGGAGCUUGUUUACAACUAUUCAGGGUCUAAGCAUAUUACAGAAUCCUUGAAACGAUGUGGCAUCUCGGACAGCUCAACCUAUGUUCUUGCUGCUCGUUUCAACGGAUCACCUGAUGUGGUAUCUUGUUCUAUCAUUUGGUUUUGCUGCAAAUAUCUUGAAUUUUUCAUUGAAUUAGGCCAUGACAGCAAUUUUGGCCAUGACUUCAUUCCCGCCUUGUACUGUCAGAUGAAGGCCAUUGCUGCACUUAUCAGUGGGAAAGAAAUUAAGUUGGAAGAACUGGAAGGGAAAGCAAACGUAGCCCAGAUACAGAAGCACUACAAGAUACCUGGCCCAGAAUUGGGAAUAUCGUCACUCGCAGAUGCCAUUACCUGCCGCAUUGCCGCAAGGGACGCCUUAUGAAAGCAGACGCGACUUCCUGCUUGUCUGUUCCCACUCCAGAUGUUUCCUUUGCACACUAGUCUUUAGAUAUUGAGAUAUGGAGAGAAUGCCGAGUGCUGCGAAAAAAAAGUUACUAUGUUUAAACAGAUAUUAGAAUCAGAAUGUUGCUGUGAAUAUUGCUGCAAUGCAAAUUAUGGCCACUGGAGUGCAUGAUUUUCUCUGUGUCAA